AUGGUGCACAAGCAUCAGACGAGUGGAUGGUCCGUCUUCUUCUUAGCUGCUUUUAUUCCAGGUUUCCACCUUCUGAGAAAUGACAGCUUCAUCCAGCCGGAGUCCAACUCUGAGCUGUCUUCUGAUGCUCACGUCCAUCAUCCUGUCCUGCAACCCACUGAGACCAUUCCCACACCUGGAACCUACACGGUGGAAGACGGUGAUGGCAGAACGUGCAUAAAAGUCACGAUGGGAGCAGAAUUCAUCAUCAUCGAAAAGAAGACAAGUUGGUAUUUCAACCUGGAGCCGUCUGUGGUUAAAACUCUCGGUUACUGCGACAAAGAAGAAGCUCAUCUUUCUCUAAGGUUGCCAGAUAAUUCUGCCGGUCUGCAGUUCACCUUCAGAAGGGAAAAACAAAACUUUUAUGUUGCUGAACUAACGGCUCACUUGUUUCCUCAUCCAGCUUGCAAUGGAUGCCCCAAUAAAACUUAUUCUGGGUCGAUGACCCACAAGCAGCUUUUCAAAACAGCCAAUGAUCAGAGUUUCAGAUGCCAAUCAGAAUAUCUGCUUUUGGUUUCUUCGGAGCUGAAGAUCAAGCUGGUUCCUCUGCAGAUACAGGCCUUCAGCAUCCCCAGUAGACAGAAUGGUGAAGAAAACGAGUGUUGGGCUGAUUAUAAGAAAAGAGUCAUUCCUUUAAUCACUGGCUCCGUUGUAGUCGGUCUCAUCCUGUGCAUUUUGUUGAGUUUCCUCAUCAUCAGAGAUCACCGCAGAGGAUAUGAAAGGCUGUGA